AAAAUCUUGUUGGACGAGUUGGAGAAUUAAAGUUAAACGUACUAACAACGAAGUUGGUAGUGCUACUAAAAGGAGUAAGUUAAGCAGCAAUAGAGAUUCGUUGACCAAGAGGAAUUCUCCUGGUAAUGAAGGAAGUAGAAAGAGAAAUCGAUUUGAUAACAACAACUUUGCCCAUCAUCCUUUUGCAUAUUUGGACCCUGCAGAUAUUAAUCAUCCUGGUUAUAAAAAUGAAAUUUCAGACUUCCACUUUUAUUAUGAUCCUGUUAUUGACCAACUUUGUACCACUUUUAAUGACAAACAAAAAAAUAAGGAAGCUCAAAAAGAAAACGUUGGGAAUAACAAUAACAAUAAUCAUAGUUUAUCUAAAGAAUUACGUAAAAGAUUAAAAAGAAGUCAUCCCGAAGGUUCUAAUAAUGAUGAAAAUUUUAUUGCUAAAGAAAUCAUCAUCACCAAUUCUCCAAAUAAUCAACGCCGUAAUAGUGACGAAUGGAUUGUAGUUUCUUCUGAUAGUAAUGAUGAUUAUAGUAAUAUUGAGGAUGAACUGGAUUAUGAGUUGGUGGACGAUGAUGGUGUUAUCGUUGUACAUGACAGCAGCAAUGGUCGUGGUUCUAGUAAAAGUAACGUUAAUGGGAGUAUGAAUGCUGGUAGUAUCAGUGAUAGUAGUUAUCUUGAAAAAAGAACGGUUAAUCAAUCUAAAAAGGAAAUUAUUAUUAAUGAUGAUAAUGGCAACAACAACAACCUUGACAUCAACCCUGAAAUCAAUCACAACACCAAUCCAAACAUCGAUUCUAACCCCAACAUCGAUCUCCCCCAUACAUCGACUGUUACUGAAAAUCUCAAACCAUUUUUAGUAUGGGAACUUGAUGAUAAAUUUUCUAGAUGGGUUAUUCAUGUCAUGUGUGAAUAUUAUGAAAUGGCCUCAAUUA